AUGCCGCGCGGCAAGACGCCGACGGGGCUCAUCGAGAACGAGCGGAGGCGGACCAGCUCGCCGUGCUCUGCGGCGUCCCCGUCGCCGUCGUCUGCGCCGACCGUGGUGGAGUCGGAGGAGGGCGUCCUCGCCAGGUACCGCGCGCUCCCGGCCGUGCGGCGCGUGGGCCACGCGCACCGCGGCUACCUCGAGGGCCUGCUGGUCAAGGAGCGGACCAAGCUGGCCCGGGUGCGCCACGGCGGGCCCGACGCGCUCGCGGCGCCGCACGUCGAGCUGGGCCGGAUGACGCUGGACGAGCUGCGCGAGCUGCUCGGGGCCGUCGACGCCGCGAUGGCGGCCGCUGCGGGGAGGCGGAGGGCGCUCGGGCUGACGCCCGCGGGCGAUGGCGGCGCGGUCGUCGAGACUGCGCGCGUGGACUCCGGACCGGUUGCUGCCGGUGGGAGCUCCUCGAGCGACGACGGCGGCUACCCGAUGCAGCAGCUGCAGCAGCAGGGACCAGGCGGCGCCGACCUCCUCCAACUGGCCAUAUGGCACGGCGGCGGCAUGAUGAUGCAGCCCGAUGGCUGCAGCUACGGCGCCAUGAACGCGAUGCAGGCCGCGUACAACAACCCCCGCCACGAUGCCCCCCUGCUCGACCAGGCGAUGAUGAUGAUGCCACGCGACUACUACCACGACGCCAUGAACACGAUGCAGCGGAUGCAGCUGCAGCAGCCUGCGUCGUACAACCAGCAACGCGACGUCAUCGGCACCGGCACCGGCGCGCACGGCAUGGGCGGCUACCAGCUGCCGAUGCAGGGCAACGGCGGCAACUACCACGGGCACGGCGGCUUCUUCCCGUGCUACGACGGCGGCAACAGCAGCGGCUACGCGGGCGCCAUGUCCGAUCUGGCCAUGUGGCGCCCCUUCGAGCCCUGCAACGCCAGCGCCAUGCCAGGUCCGUCGUUCACCGGCAACAGCAACUUCUCCAACUUACUGCCCGAGUUCCACGGCAUGGGUGGUGCCGGUGGGAGCGGCAUGAACUACUACGCCGCCGACGGCAACGAGACGCAGGGCUCGUCCAACGAGUUCCAUUGCUCCGGCGGCUCAAGCCUCGAGGACCUGCUGUUCGGGGACGACAGCGACGAUUAGCCCUCGAUCGCCGAUCGGUACUCCAAAACCUUCACUUCCAAAUGGUACUCGUCUAGUCUAUCUAUAUAUAUACUCUACUAUAGUCGUAGUGUCAGAUGAGCAGCAUCGUGAUCAGUCCGGCAAUUUUGGAUGGUGGACGGCCGCCGGAACGUUCCGAUGCUUGCCACCCCCGCCGCCCGCAGUUCCCGAGCAAUUUUCCUGGCCGACCAGCGAGGGGACAAUGGGCGAGCUAUUAGGAGAAGGUCGUUUGUGUCGUCAGCCAGCAGCUCAGCUUGGAGAAGAUGCAGCAAUUUUGUACACCUCUCUGCUUGGAUGACCUUGCCAGAAAAUAACCGGCAAGCACUGUAGUAGUAGUAAGUAGCAGCAGCAGCUCUAUUUGGAUGAUCCAGCAAUUUUGCUAGCCUGGAAAAGAUCCGGCAAUUUUCUAGGUAUGGUUUGAAUAAAUGGUAUUUUGCAGCCCAGACAA